UUGCGAGGGGGGGAGAGCUAUAAGGAAGUGAGUGUGUUGUUGAAGGAAGAGUGGGUAGGGCCAAUAUAUCUUUGGGCAGGGCUUUGGCUGAUGGUGCAGGGAGAGGAUUGGAUGGGAGUGGAUGGGAGAGGAGGAGAUUUGGCUUGUGGGAUCAUUCUUACAGGUUGUUGGACUUCUCCAGGUGCGUUUGCACUCUCUCUGUGUGUGUGAGUGUGAGUGAUGGCGCCUGUGUUUCCAGCUCUCGUCUCCUUUCUCGUCCUGUUCUGUGCGCCGGCGGCCCGGGCCGGAGAGGAAUGCUUGACUUCCUUCAAUGUAUCCCGGGGAUUCAGCCUUGAAGCCGGCAGCGUGGACCGCGGGGCGUCGCUGCUCGACUCGCCAGAGGUGAACGGCUCCGCUGAGUGCCUGAGCCGAUGUUGCUCGCUGGCCCGCUGCACCCUCGCCCUCUUCUCCCUCUCCCAGCCCGGACACCCCCGAUGCCAUCUCAUCGACUGCCCUCUGGGGCAGAGCCCUCCAGUCUGCACUCUCCACCCUCGGCCGGGCUUCGAGGCAAACUUCAAACCUGGCUCGGUGCAACACAACGACACGCCGACAGUGGACUGCUCCAGCCCCCCGAAGACCGGUCCGUGCCGAGCGGCCAUCCCCAGGUGGUUUUACAAUGGCACGGAAAAGACCUGCCAGGAAUUCAUCUACGGAGGCUGCCUGGCCAACAUGAACAACUACGACAGCAAGGAAGACUGCCUCGAUGCUUGCGAUAAAAGCGCAGGACCGUCGAACAACCAGGUGCCAGUAGUGAGCCGGAGUGUGAUGAGUCUCAAGGCGAUCUCCAUGGUGGUGCUGCUGGCCAUCUGCGUCUUCAUCCUGCUGAGUGGAGUCAUCUACUUCAUCGUCAAGUUGGCUAAGUCUGAUCACGUGGUGUCCUACCACCGCACCCGCUCGGGCGAGGACAAGGAGACCCUCAUCAACACGGCGUAG